GCGUGCCCUGGGUGGGGAGUGACCCCCCGAAAACAGACGUACUCCGCCCCAGAAAGUGGGGCGAGGCCCCGCAGGCUCCCCAGGGAGGAGGCGGCCUGGCUGGUGGCAUCCAUUCUUCUCCCUGGGCCGGCCUCUUCGAUACCUUCCUAUUCCAAUAUAUAAGCUCUCUGGAAUCUAAGGAUUUUUCCACUGAGAUGGUAUGAUAGGAGCUUUCGGUGAUUUUAGGCCAUAUCAAAAUUGGGCUGAUGCAGACCAUACUGUUUUCUUAAGAGCUUGGGACAACAUUCACUCUACUUCUAAAUCAUCAGAGGCAUAAUGCCAUCCUUGCCUCAGGAAGGAGACAGUCAAGGACCCUCUCAACUAGGUCUGGACUCAGAAUUGUCUUUUGAAAACAAAAUGAAAAGAAAAGUCAGAAAGAAGAAGAAGAAUGGAUCCAUCACAGCAAAUGUUUCUGGUACAAAAUUUGAAAUUGUUCGUUUAGUAAUAGAUGAGUUGGGAUUUGUGAAAACUCGAGAUGAAGAUGAAACAAGUAAUCUUAUUUGGUGUGAUGCUGCCGUACAGCAGGAAAAGAUUGCAGAGCUACAGAACUACCAGAGAAUCAACCAUUUUCCAGGAAUGGGUGAGAUCUGCAGGAAGGAUUUCUUAGCAAGAAAUAUGACCAAAAUGAUCAAAUGUAAUCCUCAGGAAUAUACUUUUGUACCCCGAACAUGGAUCUUCCCAUCAGAGUAUACCCAGUUCCAGAACUAUGUAAAAGAAUUGAAGAAAAGAAGGAAACAGAAAACUUUCAUUGUAAAACCAGCAAAUGGUGCAAUGGGUCAUGGGAUCUCUUUGGUAAGAAAUGCUGAAAAACUGUCAGCCCAGGACCACUUGAUUGUCCAAGAAUACAUUGAUAAGCCUUUCCUUAUGGAAGGCUACAAGUUUGAUUUACGAAUUUACAUUCUGAUAACAUCCUGUGAUCCAUUAAAAAUAUUUUUAUAUCACGAUGGGCUUGUGAGAAUGGGGACCGAGAAGUAUAGUCCACCUAAUGAUACAAAUUUGAGCCAACUCUUUAUGCAUCUGACAAACUACUCCGUGAACAAACAUAAUGAGCGCUUUGAACGGGAUGAAACUGAAGAUAAAGGCAGCAAGCGGUCCAUCAAAUGGUUUACCGAAUUCCUACAAACAAAUAAAUACGAUGUUGCUAAGUUUUGGAAUGAUAUCUCAGAACUGGUGGUAAAAACUCUGAUUGUAGCAGAACCGCAUGUCUUGCAUGCAUAUCGAAUGUGUAGACCUGGACAACCUCCGGGAAGUGAAAGUGUCUGCUUUGAAGUUCUGGGAUUUGAUAUUUUGUUGGACAGAAAGCUGAAACCGUGGCUUCUGGAGAUUAAUCGAGCCCCUAGCUUUGGAACUGAUCAGAAAAUAGAUUUUGAUGUGAAAAAAGGAGUGUUGCUCAAUGCUCUGAAGUUACUCAACAUCAGGACUAGUGACAAAAGGAGAAACUUGGCUAAACAGAAAGCAGAAGCUCAGAAGAGACUUUAUGGUCAAGGUUCAGUGAAAAGGCUGUCGCCAGGCUCCUCAGACUGGGAGAAACAACGGCACCGAAUCGAGAGAAGGAAAGAGGAGUUGAAAGAGAGACUUGCCCAGGUUCGUAGGCAGGUAUCCAAAGAAGAACAUGAAAAUCGACACAUGGGGAACUACAGGCGAAUUUAUCCUCCUGAAGACAAAUCAUUACUUGAAAAAUAUGAGCAUUUAUUGGCCACUGCCUUUCAGACAUUUCUUUCCGGAAGAGCAACUUUAUUUCAACGAGAACUGAAUAAUCCUUUAAAAAGAAUGAAGGAGGAAGAUAUUUUGGACCUUCUGGAACAGUGUGAAAUAGAUGAUGAGAAGUUAAUGGGAAAAACUGUCAGAACUCGAGGACCCAAGCCUCUACAUUCCAUGCCUGAAAGUGCACAAGUGAAAAAACAAAAGAACUAUAGUAGUGAGAGCAGUUAUGAAAGCAGUGAUGAGUCCUACGAGUCUGAUGAAAUGGACCGAGAAGAAUUCGCAGGUUCACUUGUCGAUAAGAAAGUCACCUAUGAUUUUGAAACCUGCAAGUGGAAAUAUCCUCCUAGUUCCAUCAGACGUUCUCUCAGCUGUCCUCGAUCCGUCUCAGCAAAUCCGUCCAUGACUGACCACCGCCCUCUUUCUGCCAGACAAAUGCUCUCAUUCUCACGUCCAGCUUCUGGGGCCAGGUCUCAGUCUCUCAACCGUGCCUCCACUUCCUCAAGGAGUUUACCACAACCUAAUAAUAACAUAGAGCAUCAUGAAACUCCAGUGGCUGAUCCUUUUCAGCACCUGAGAACGAAAGAACAAGAGGAAGAAUUUACAAGGCAGACCUUGUUAAUCCUCCGAGACAUGAAGAUCAGGUUCCCUGGGAAAACAGAUGAAGAAUCAGAACGCAUCAUAGAAGAUAUCAUGGAAAACUGGAAGUAUCAUAAACCCAAAGUGGCUUCAUAUUGGCUCAUAAAAUUGGAUUCUGCAAAACAACGGAAGGUUUUGGACAUUGUGAAAACAAGCAUUCGCUCAGUUCUCCCACGUAUCUGGAAGAUUCCUGACAUGGAAGGUUUACAAUUGUUUCGAAUUUUUAAUCGGGUAUUUAAUCGCCUCCUCUGGAGCCAUGGCCAAGGGUUGUGGAACUGCUUCUGUAAUUCAGGCAGCUCUUGGGAGACAAUAUUCAGCAAAAGUACAGAAGUGAUCACUCCUCAGCAGCUCCAGUGCUGCCAGCAGCUGGUACAGCUUUGUAAACACUGCCUCCUAGUGGUUUACAAGUAUGCAAGUGAUUCCAGAUUGGCAAUGUCCUCUAUGUGUCCAGACUGGGAAAAUACCAGACACAUAGCUGGGAGAAACAAAAAAGCUGGACCUGUUCUCGGGAAACUUACUGGGCCUCAACCAAAGUCAUCUAAUCCAAGACUCUCAUUUUACAGAGGAGGAAAGUGAGGCCCAGAGAAGACCCAUCCAACAUAACUAGCAAGUAAAUGAGGACAGUUGGACCAGAUAAAAAGAAAAUAAAGGAAGGAAAGAGAAAGAAAGAGAAGAAUGAAAACAUGGAAAGAAGGAGAAAAGAAAGAAAGAAGAAAUAAAGGCAACAGAUACAAAAGAGAAAAGAUGAAAGGAUGGAAGAAAAGAGGAGAAAGAAGAAAGACAGAAUGGAAGAAAGAAGGGGAAAAGAAUAAAUGAAAGAUAUAAGGAAAGAAGGAAGAGAAGAAAAGAAAGAAGGGAAAAAUGAGAAGGAAAGGAAGGAUAAGAUGAAAGUAAGAAGAGAAAGACAGGAGAAAAUGAGAAAUGGAAUUAAAGAAGAAAAGAGAGACAAAGAAAAAAGAAAGGAGGAAGGGAAGAGAGGAAGAAAGAAAAGAAGGCAAGAAAGAAAAAUGAGAAAAAGGAAUGGUGGAAGGCGAGAAAGAAGGAAAGGAAACAAAGAAGAUCAAAAAUAGGAAAAGAGAAAAAGAAAGGAGGCAUUGAAGACAAAAUGAAGGAAAGAAAAAAGAAUAGAGACAGAAAGAGGGGGGAGACAAAAAGACAGAAAAAAAGACAGAGAGAGAAGGAGACAGAGAGAUACACACACACACACACACAAAGACAGAGAGAGGGACAAAGAGAGAAAGAGACAGACACACAGAGAUGAGAGAGAAAUAGAGACAAGACAGAGACAAAGACAGAGAGAGAUAGAAAGAAAGAGACAGAGAGAGACAAAGACAGCCAGACAGAAAGACAGAAAGAGAGACAGAGAGGCAGAGGGGGAGACAGACAGACAGACAGAGAGAAGAAGACAAAGAAAGAGAGAUUCCCCCCACAAAGAUAGAGAAAAAGACACACAAAAGCAGAGAGAUAGAGACAGAGACACAAAGAGAGAGACAAUAAGAUACAAAGACAGAUGGAGACAGAGAUAGAGAGAGAAGAGAUUGUCUCUCUGUAUAUCUCUGAAGAGAGACACAAAGAGAGAGAUAGAGAGAGAGACAGAGACAGAAAAACGGAGACAGAGACAGAGAAGGAAUACAAAGAGAAGAAUAUAUACAAAGACAGACAAAAACAGAGACACAAAGAUAGAGACAAAGACAGUCAGAAAGAGAGACAAAGACAGACAGAGACAGAGAGGAAGAGGCAGAGGUUGUCAAACAAGCAGAUGGAGAGAGAGAGAGAGAGAGAGAGAGAGAGAGAGAGAGAGAGAGAGAGAGAGAGAGAGAGAGAGAGAGAGAGAGAGACAAAGAGAAAGAAAGAUAUAUGUACAAAGAAAGUCAGAGAGACAAAGACAGAGACAGACAGAGGCAGGAAGAGGAGGAGGCAGACAGAGACAGAGAGAGGGAGACAAAGAGAAAGAGAUACACACACAAAGACAGACAGAGAGAUAAAGAGAUACAGAGAGAAAGACAAUCAGACAGAAAGACAAAGACAGAGACAGAGAUAGAAAGAGAGAGAAGAGAGACAUAAAGAGAGAUAUGGAGAUACUGAUGUUGAUACUGAUGGUCAGAAAAUCCACACAGUAGGCAUUAUUUGACUAAGAUUUAGUAUCUUAAAGUUUAGUUUUAAGCUGUCAUAAUAGAUGUUAAUUUUUGCUUUUUGUGAUAAUUUUUGAAAUUGUAUGCUGAAAGCCUAGCACUUGGCUCAGCACAUAGUAGGCACUUAAUAAAUACCUGAUUGAGUGA